UUCUGAGGUCUGAUUUCUCCCUUCCUCCGUCUUUACCCCUUGAUUUCUAGCACUGAGCAGUAUGGGGGAAACACCUCCAGCUUCGCCUCCUCGAUCUGGCUCCUGCCUCAGUGAUGAGUUCUCCAAGGUUGCCUUGGGAACCUGUUCAAGUCCCAGCUGGUCCGACCUCCCAAUGGAUGUCCUCCUCCUCAUCCUGCAACGCCUCGAGCUUCCCCAAUCGCUUGCCUUUGCAUCAGUUUGCAAAACAUGGAGGGCUGCCGCUAUAACCGCCAGUGUUCCUCGUUCUUGCACACCAUGGAUCUUGUCUUGGGCACAUCUGGCGCAGGGGGAGCGCCCCUCACCUGUGACCUGCAACUUGUACCACCUUCUCGAUGGUGACAAGGCCUAUGGUGUUAGUUUUCCACGUGGCUGCUUUAAUGCGUGCUGUGGAGCUUCUCAUGGAUGGCUUAUUUUGGUAAACGAACUCUCCAAUCUUGUGCUUUACAACCCCUUCACUACGCGCAUUAUCCCUCUGCCACCAAUCACGGAUUUCUCAUGCGUGGAAGCAGUCUACCGUAGCGGAGGGAGCUUGGAAGGUUACCAUCUUGGAACAGGUGGAAGAGUCUAUGGUUCAGAUGAACUAGGAAAAAUUUUUUACCAGAAAGCGGUGUUGUCUUGCAGUCCAUCCAAAGGUGGUGACUACAUCGUGAUGAUCAUCCAUCGUGAUUCUGAUUGGCUUUCUUUUGUUAAGGCAGGACAGAGAAAUUGGCAAGUUGCCUCAUCUUUAGGUGUAAGCCAGAAAGACAAAUAUGCAGACUGUGCAUACCAUGAUGGCAGGUUCUACACAGUUACAUUCGAUGGACUGGUGGAGAAAUGGGAUAUCGACGGAUUGAAUGGACCAACAAGGGAGGUGGUGGUUGCCGCAAGGUGCCAUGUAGGACUGAUCCUUACUAGGCAUUUGGUGCCUACACCAUGGGGCGAUCUCCUGCAGGUUCGUGCAAUUCGGUCGGAUGGAUCCCCGGAUGGCAUCAGAUUCCAAAUCCGCAAGGUAGAACUGAAUGGAUGCAAGAGAAUUUCAUACAAGGAUUUGAUGGGUCAUGCUUUGCUCCUUGGAUUGAAUCACUCGGCAUGUUUGCACACCAAGGAUUUUCCUGGGCUUCAGGCUCAAUGUGUCUAUUUCUCUGUUCCCUGGAUGGUGGAAACAUCCCAUUGGAUUCGUCGAAGCUGCGCUUGGGGAGGUGUGAGGAUUUACAACUUUGAAUGCAAAAAGUUUGAGCGUGCUCUUCCCAUUCGUUAUAGUAAGAGUAAGAGAUUUAUCCACGUUUUUCCUACGGAGGUCUGGAUCACCCCGAAUCUGUAAUAAUUAGCACAAAGGAAUAAUAAUUGAUUUUCUACCCAUGUGUAAUUGUAAGGAAUUGAUUGGCCCUACUAUGCUGAGGUUGGGAACUUGGGAUCACCCAGGAUCUGUAAUAAUCAGGCUUUCCUCAUUUGUAAUACAACAUCCUUUUCAAAAUA